AUGAUCAACGUUGGUUGGGAUGCAGGUUGGAGGAUAUGUGAUUGGGUACAAGGGUUGACAUUUGCCACAGUGAGGGGAGCUGGGCACAUGGUUCCUAGCUAUCAACCACAGAGAGCGCUUACCUUGAUCUCAUCUUUCCUCAAGGGGAGCUUCUUCCUUCCUCUAAGAGUACUCAUUAUUUAA